AUGAGUACUUAUGACGUGGUGAUAAAAAACGGUAUAAUUUGUACUGCCAGCGAUUUCUAUCCGGCAGAUAUCGGAAUUAUUGGCGAGAAGAUAGCUGCGAUCUGCGAUUGUAUCGAUCCUGUCCAUGCUGGCGAGAUCAUUGAUGCCGAGGGCGGGAUAGUGACACCUGGAGGGAUCGACGCUCACGUACACGUAGAUGAACCAGUGAAGCUUCUAGGCGACGUAGCAGAUACAAUGGGAGAGGCAACCAGAAGUGCCGUAGCAGGUGGAACAACCACUAUUAUUGCAUUCGCCUCACAGGAUUUGUCUCUGACGGGACCGCACGCCUUGAGCCAGUCUGUCAAGAAUACCACUGACAUGUACUCGAAACAGCGCUUAUAUUGCGACUAUGGUCUCCAUAUGAUCCUCGCCAGGCUGGAAGGUACGGGCACGGCAACUAGAGAUAUUUUAGACCAACAGCUGGAAAACGUUUAUCAAGAUUGCGGAGUCAGCAGUAUAAAAGUCUUUAUGACAUAUCCGGGUUUGCAGAUGUCUGACUACAAUUUGUUAAACGCAAUGUAUGCCAGCAGGAAAAACGGGAUCACGACUAUGAUCCAUGCAGAAAAUGGUGAUAUUGUUCGGUGGAUGACUGAGUCUUUGGAGGAGCAGGGUCUCCUGGAACCAUAUUACCACGGCGUCUCCCGCCCCACUAUAGUAGAAGGUGAAGCGACUAACAGGGCGGUGACACUGGCGCGAACUAUGGACAAUCCAAUCUUAUUCGUUCACGUAUCCUCUCCAGAGGCUAUCGACACAAUAAGAAGGGCUCAAACGGCCGGACUUAAAGUCUAUGCGGAGACCUGUCCUCAGUAUGCCUUACUUUCAGACGAAGAUACCAAAUGUGCUCAUGGGGAUGAUUUCGCAGGAGCGAAGAACAUCUGCUCCCCUCCUCUUAGACCAGAGGAGGUGAAGCAAGCGAUAUGGCGCGGCAUGAACAAUGGGUCGUUCACCAUUGUAGGAUCUGAUCACUGUGCGUACCUCUACUCUAGUAAGGAAAAAGGAAAACACAAUGCCUUUGCGAAGUGCGAGAAUGGGAGAUUUAGAUACAUUCCCAACGGUAUGCCAGGUGUCUGCACUCGCAUGCCCUUGUUGUUUGAUGCGGUUAUGCGAAACAGGCUGAGCUCUUUGAUGAAAUUUGUUGAAAUCAACUGCACAAACCCAGCCAAAAUAUAUGGGUGCUAUCCACAAAAGGGAGGCCUCCUUCCGGGCUCUAGCGACGCUGAUAUUAUAGUAUGGUACCCAAACGACAAACAGUACGAUUUACAACCAGAAGUAAUUACCAAUGACCUAUUGGAGCACGCAUGUGAUUACACGCCAUAUGAAGGCGUCGAAAUCAAGAACUGGCCUCGGUUCACAAUUGCCAGAGGGAAAGUUGUUUAUAAGGAGGGCAAACUUAUGCAUGAUAAUGCGAGGGGGCAAUAUAUCAGAAGGAAAAAGAGUAGCCUGAGCUCCCCAAACAAUGCAUGGCCUUCGGAAUGGCGACCUGCGUAUGAUAAAAAAUGA